AUUUCUUCUUCUUAAAUCAAAUAUAACAUCAAAUUUUUUUAUAUACAUUUACCCUAUAAGAAAGAUGGUUAUAGUGUAAUCCCCGUAAGGUGCUGGCAACGAAAAAAAAAAAGUCUCAGUUUAUUUUAGGGUUUAAGAUUUAGAGUUAAAAAGGAUGAAAUUCCCUAGUAAAAAACUAUUACCACUGCUUAUUUUCAUCCUCUCUUGCCUUUCCGUUCUCAGACUCCUUAAACUCGCAAUUACUUCUUCAGAUCCUUCGUCUCAAGCUGCUGCUUUGUUAUCGUCGCUUCAACGGGAGUGUUCGUCACCUUCCGAAUGCAGUAAGAUUCAAUCAAAUGCGGCCAAUGCGACGCUUCUUUCCCCAAAGGAAUUCAUGCUUCUUUCUGAUCUUGUUACACGGAAAACACCUUGUAAUCUCCUUGUGUUCGGUUUUCAACCGCAGUAUAUCGACCUCUCGUCAAUAAACGCCGGAGGGAUCACUCUUUUUCUCGAGGACAAUCAUUACAAGAUAAGCAAUUUUGAAGCCAGUUCAAAUCAGACUCGAAUUUAUAAGGUCAAGUACGGAGUACCUGCGAAAAAGGCAUACAAGCUACUCAAACAUGCUAGGGGAAACCCUACUUGUUCCCCAAGCAUAAAUCUACUCCAACAAUCAACUUGCAAAUUGGCAUUGAGGGAUUUGCCACAACAAGUGUAUGAGCUUAAAUGGGAUGUCAUUGUGGUUGAUGGCCCAAUCGGGGACUCACCCGACGCACCGGGCAGGAUGUCGACUAUCUACACCGCUAGCAUGUUAGCGAGAGCCACAGCCAGGAAUAUGACUGAUGUCAUGGUGCACGACGUUCAUCGGACAAUCGAGAAAUGGUUUUCUUGGGAGUUCUUGUGCGAAGAGAAUUUGGUUUCUGCCAAAGGAAAAUUAUGGAACUUUAGGAUCUCCUCCGAUCAAUCCAAUUCUACACGGUUUUGCUCUUCCGAGACUGUUCAUAUACGGUAAUAUCCUUAUUUUGUUUUGCGGCAAAAGAACAAAAACAUUCCCUGCAUCGUUAAUGCUGGAAAUUAGGGCUUCAACAAAGGCAUAUGAUAUCUUAAUUUUCAGCGUUAGAGAGUGCCAUGUAACUAAACUUGUCCAUACAGGUCGAGUCGGAUUGCAAUUUUAUUUUAUUUUGUCAUAAUGAAUUUUUGGAACUCUAAUUUCCUUUUAAAAA